AUGGCGAGCCCGUUACGUUAUGUCGCUGCCCUGGCGGUCCUCUCGAGCCUCGCCAAUGCCAAGGUGUACCAGAUGCCCAAGGCCACCACCUCGUUCAACCUCCCACUCCACCAGUUCAACCCCGAGCCGACGGAGGCACCUUCGUACGCGGAGUUGAGGAGACGGCAGGCGACGGGCACGACCGUCCUCGUCGCCCCGGACAACACUUGUGGUUACAUCUCGGGACGUGCUGGCGCUGCUUACACCUGCGGCAAUUCAGCCACCUGCAUCUUCUUCACCGCCAGCCAGAACAACCCUGGCCGGGUAGCCUGCUGCGAUACCGAAGACUGCGGCGCGCGGCGUACGUGCUACGAUGCCGAGCAGGUUUCCACAUCGAGUCUUUGCGACGGUGGCUGUCUCGUCGACCGCUUCACCCUCAAGUGCACCAACACCGUGCGGCCCUACUGUAACACCAUUUCCUUCGCAGACAACAUCUUUGACUACUGGUGCAACACGGUCGACAACUCGACUCCCCAGGCUGCUUCGACCACGUACGCAGGCCAAAGUGCCCGGAACUUCUCUCCCCUGGCCUUGACGGGUGGCACCACGUCGACCACCAGCAUCAGGUCCGUCGGUUCCACCAGUACCACGACGACGACGACGGAUCCAGUGACGCCAGACCCUGAUCCCCCAUCACCCGUGCCCGAGAAAUCAUCCACUCCCAUCGGCGCCAUCGUCGGCGGUGUCGUCGGCGGCCUUGCGCUCAUCGCCCUCGUCGCCUUGGGCAUCUGGUUCCUCAUCCGCAAGAAGAAGCAGACCCCCAAGGGCCAGAACCCCGCAAUGAGCCAGCCGCAAAUGAACUACGCGCAGCCGCCGCAGCAGGGCUCGCCGCCGCCGAACGUCGCGACCACCAACACGUAUUCCUACUACGACCCCAAGUUCGCCGGGCAGAACGGCUACCCUCAGAGCUUCGGCGGCACGCCUCCCCCGCCCCCGCAGGGCGAGCACCAGCAGCCGUACUACGCCGGCAACAUGGUGCCCGACCGCGCUGACACGACGAGCCCCGGCGCCGUCGGGCCUCCGUUGUACAUUCUGUUGGACCUUGUCUUGUAA